AUGAAGGAGGUUGGGUCAAUAGUAACACCUGCGCAACACAUAUUUACAAACAAGGACUUUCUUCGACCAGAACAACUGUUUACAGAAAACCACAAGGAUUUGGUAAUUGCAGGAGAAAAAUGGAUGAAGGACACAUCAGGUUCUUGUUCUGUUUUGGGUGCUCUAAUUGUUACCAUCACAUUUGCUGCGGCAUUCACAGUUCCUGGUGGUAACGAUCAAAAUAUGGGCUUUCCUAUAUUCAGGAACAAACAAUUGUUCAAGGUUUUCUUUAUAUCAGAUGCAAUCUCACUGUUUGCGUCAACAACAUCAGUUUUAAUGUUCCUAGGAAUCCUCACAUCACGUUAUGCAGAAGAAGAUUUCUUGAAAUCCUUGCCAACAAAGAUGAUAAUAGGCCUCUCCACCCUAUUUUUCUCAAUAGCAACCAUGAUGAUAGCAUUUUGUGCUGCAGUUUCCGUUAUGCUUCCAGAGACAUGGAUUGUUCUUCUCGUCUGCUUACUUGCAAGUGUUCCGAUUGCCUCAUUUAUAAGGAUACAGUUUCAUCUGUUAGUUGAUAUCUUCAUGUCUACUUAUGGACCAAGUAUUUUUAAGAGGAACAUUAAACCUUGGUUAGAUAGCAAACGCCAAUAAGAUGAAGGUUU